GCACUCCAGUGUGCGGAGUGUUAGGCGAGGCGUCAUCGAGUGCCUCUGCAGCUGCGUCGAUUGCGCCGUCCACGCCAGUCCCUCAAGACAAGCGGGCUCGUUUGUCCAGUCCGUUGCACCAGAUGGACGGCGACGACGAUGACGUUGGAGCAGCGGUGGCAGCAGCAGGCAUUGUGGAUGAGACGGCCAGGGAGCUUUUCAAGGAGAAUGUCAAGAACGAGUCGAUUGCAAAGUUCCUUGCUAUGAACUUGAAACCUCUCAUAUCGGAUGUUCGUACGUUGCAAGAUGGUGUCGCUCGCAUCGAGACGAACUUCGACAACAUGAGUGCUGAGGUGGACGCUCGUUUCGAAUCUGUGGAGUCGGACAUGAAGGUCCAAAAGAUACAAAUGGAAGAGCUACAUGCCGCUUUGUCGAGGGGCGUCUCACGUGCAAAUUCGGUCUCGGGAGCCACGAAGCCGGACAAUGGCAAUGAGAUGGAGGCCGAGCUCAACGCCAAGAUUGCUAAGCUCGAGGCUCAGCUUGGCAAGCUCAGCCAUAACUCGUUCACAGCUGUCUUCGGUGGCCUUGGCGGUGAGUGGAGCGAG